CCUCCCCGCCUCGCAGAGUUGGGAGAAGGAAGGCUGGGGGGUGUGGAAAAUAAAAGGAAAAGUCCCGGCACCAUGUAGGGCAGCGCCCCCCGCCCUGGCACCGCUGCCGGCCAGGGACCCCCAAGCUGCGGCCAUGAACGCGAGCGGCGAGGCCGAGAGCUUCCCGGGCCCGGUGCAAAUUGCAGGCAGCACGACGGUGCUGGUGGAGCUGACGCCUGACAUCCACAUCUGUGGCAUCUGCAAGCAGCAGUUUAACAACCUGGACGCCUUCGUAGCCCACAAGCAGAGUGGCUGCCAGCUGACCAGCGCUUCCGGGGCAGCCCCCAGCACGGUCCAGUUCGUAUCAGAGGAGACGGUGCCAGCCACCCAGACUCAGACCUCCACCAGAACCAUCACUUCUGAGACCCAAACCAUCACAGUUUCAGCUCCAGAAUUUGUUUUUGAGCAUGGGUAUCAAACUUACUUGCCUGCGGAAAGCAAUGAAAACCAGACUGCCACUGUCAUCUCUCUUCCUGCCAAGUCACGAACCAAAAAGCCAGCCACUCCUCCUGUUCAGAAGCGGCUUAACUGUUGCUAUCCAGGUUGCCAGUUCAAGACUGCCUAUGGCAUGAAGGACAUGGAGAGGCAUCUAAAAAUCCACACAGGAGACAAGCCCCACAAGUGUGAGAUCUGCGGCAAGUGCUUCAGCCGGAAGGACAAGCUGAAGACCCACAUGCGGUGCCACACCGGCCAGAAACCCUACAAGUGCAAGACGUGCGACUACGCCGCGGCGGACAGCAGCAGCCUCAACAAGCACCUGCGGAUCCACUCGGACGAGCGGCCCUUCAAGUGCCAGAUCUGCCCCUACGCCAGCCGCAACUCCAGCCAGCUCACCGUGCACCUGCGCUCGCACACAGGGGACGCCCCCUUCCAGUGCUGGCUCUGUAGCGCCAAGUUCAAAAUCAGCUCGGACUUGAAAAGGCACAUGCGCGUGCACUCGGGGGAGAAACCUUUCAAGUGCGAGUUCUGCAAUGUCCGCUGCACCAUGAAGGGGAACCUCAAGUCGCACAUCCGCAUCAAGCACAGCGGCAACAACUUCAAGUGUCCCCACUGCGACUUCCUGGGUGACAGCAAGGCCACCCUGCGGAAGCACAGCCGUGUGCAUCAGUCCGAGCAUCCGGAGAAGUGCUCCGAGUGCAGCUACUCGUGCGCCAGCAAGGCGGCGCUGCGCGUCCACGAGCGCAUCCACGGCCCCGAGCGCCCCUUCAAGUGCAGCUACUGCAGCUUCGACACGAAGCAGCCCAGUAACCUGAGCAAGCACAUGAAGAAGUUCCACGCGGACAUGGCCACGGCCGAGGCGCUAGCGAAGAAGGACGCGGGCAGGCAGAGCAGCCGCCAGGUGGCCAAGCUGGACGCCAAGAAGACGUUUCACUGCGACAUCUGCGACGCCUCGUUCAUGCGGGAGGAUUCGCUCCGCAGCCACAAGAGGCAGCACAGUGAGUACCACGAGAGUAAGAACCCGGAUGUGACCGUGCUGCAGUUUCAGAUCGACCCGAGCAAGCAGCCCGCCACGGCCCUCGCCGUGGGGCACCUCCAGGUGCCCCUCCAGCCCAGCGCGGUGCCCCAGUUCAGCGAGGGGAGGGUCAAAAUCAUCGUCGGGCAUCAAGUGCCCCAGGCGAACACCAUCGUGCAGGCGGCCGCCGCCGCCGUCAACAUCGUCCCACCCGCCCUGGUGGCGCAGAGCCCCGAGGAGCUGCCCGGCAACAGCCGGCUGCAGAUCCUGCGCCAGGUCAGCCUGAUCGCGCCCCCUCCGCCCUCGGGGUGCCCGAGCGAGGCGGGCGCCGUGGGCCAGCCGGCCGUGCUGCUGACCACGCACGAACCCGCCGACGGAGCCACGCUGCACCAGACUCUGAUCCCCGCGGCCGCCGCCAGGCCCCCGGAGGGCGCGGGCAGCCAGACUUUCAUCGCCAGCUCAGGCAUCGCGUGCGCGGACUUCGAAGGCCUGAACGCUCUCAUCCAGGAGGGGGCCGCCGAAGUGACGGUGGUGAGCGAUGGGGGGCAGGGCAUCGCGGUGGCCGCCGCCGCCCCACCUAUAUUCUCCUCGUCGUCGUCGCAGCAGGAGCUGCCCAAACAGCCUUAUUCCAUCAUCCAGGCGGCCGCGCACCCGGCCUUGCUCUGUCCGGCCGAUUCCAUACCAGAUUAAAAACUAGACACCUAGUAGGGAAGGAAGAGAGGGAUGGAACGAGAGAACGAGCAGAAUUCGGGAAGAGAUUCGCUCAUGAGUCUUCCCUGAAUCGUGACCCCCACCACCGCCGACACCGGAAUAAAUUGUAUUUUCUACUGCUUACUGUAAUUUUUUAAACACUGUAAAACUCUUAGACCACCUCUGAAUCAGCAUGCUAGCUAGGAUGGGAUCCUACACAGGAGGAGUUGGAGUUCAAUGCGUUAAGUAGGGAAUACAUUUGUUUGUUCCCAGCUCUAUCAAAGGUUCUGGCCCUUCGCAUUCAGCUGGUGCGGUAAUGUCACCUCCUAGACCCUCCCUGGCUCUGCUCUGAAACACCCCGCAGUCUGGGGUAAUGUGUGUUCUACAUAGAGACAAAUAAACCUGCUGGCUUGAAGCCCCAUUUUCUACAUAAUGUUACAUGGAUACUUGAAAGAAAAAAUACUUCGUGCGAAGGAGCACAAUGGUUUUCCUAAUAAAUUGAUUCUUGGUUAAAGUAGACUGAAUGUUAAUGUUUCUUCACACUCAAGCAGUGAUUUGGGGCUGGGGCUGUGAAUCCUUAUACAAUUAAACAGAAUGUGAAGCAGCAGGGCUGUUUGGUCCUCCCAUAAAUAUUACAUGAGCAUCUGACCUCUGCGGUAUGCAGUACUUAAAGCAAUCUGUACAACUAAGUUUAUUUGAAACUUAGGACAGAUGAUCCCAAGAUAGUUCUCUUUAGAUGCAACUAAGAUUUUCUAGGAAACCAAUUUUGGGGGUGUUAAUAUUUGUGCAGAUCCAGGGUCCAAUUAAGUGAUUUGGAAAAGCACAUUCCAUUUUCCAAAACAUAGACUGUAUUGGCAGGGGAAAAAAGUCGAAACUGUUACUGUAUUUUCAAGUGAAAUGCUGUUGUGUCAGAAGGUGGCGCCAGAGAGCAACACAGGAUCACCCAUACAGUGUAACAGAUUGUAAGAGCUCUGAUUUCUGGCCCUAAAAAAGAUUUACAAGGAAGGGUGAUCACCGUUUUGAAAGAAGUGCGCUUAGACCGUUCUGCUGUUCGUUUUUCCAGAGUUGUCACUGCUGUUCUUCCAUAAUGUACAAAGUUAUCUAACCAAACUUGUCAUGCGGAUCAUCUCGCUUUUAUAUGACUAGGGAUGGCUUCUGUUUGGUAAAUAACAG